GAGGGGGAGAGAGAGAGAAAGAGAGAGAGAGAGAGAGAGAGAGAGAGAGAGAGAGAGCGCAGACGGGAGCCAUCCUGCCCCCUGGAAGCCAUCUGGACUUGAAGGACUGACGUGUGCAGGACUGGGAUCUCCCUCUCUCCUCGCUGCCCCCACCGUCCUCUCUGGAACCUCCAAUGGUGACUGGUUCACUGACUGUUUCUGUCCCAAGGAAGAAGACUUUGAGACUAAGAGACAUUUCAGUUUGGACUCCAGUUUGUGCUCAGAAGUGAGAAAGUACAUGAUCAAAGGUUUGUCCCUGGCUGCAGCCCAGUCCCCAGUCCCAGCUCCCAAGCCUGGGCACCAUGUCUGGCUCCUAUGAUGAGACCACACCUUCCAUGGAGGAGAUCACAGACAGCUUCUGGGAGGUGGGAAACUACAAGCGGACUGUGAAGCGGAUUGAUGAUGGCCACAGGCUCUGCAAUGACCUCAUGAGCUGCCUUCAUGAGCGGGCGAAGAUCGAGAAGGCCUAUGCCCAGCAGCUCACAGACUGGGCCAAGCGCUGGCGCCAGCUCCUCGAGAAAGGCCCCCAGUACGGCAGCCUGGAGCGGGCCUGGGGCGCCAUCAUGACGGAGGCCGACAAGGUAAGUGAGCUCCACCAGGACGUGAAGAACAGUCUGGUCAACGACGACUUGGAGAAGGUGAAGAACUGGCAGAAGGACGCCUACCACAAGCAGAUAAUGGGCGGCUUCAAGGAGACCAAGGAGGCCGAGGAUGGCUUCCGGAAAGCGCAGAAACCCUGGGCCAAAAAGAUGAAAGAGCUGGAGGCGGCCAAGAAAGCCUACCACCUGGCCUGCAAGGAGGAGAAGAUGGCAGUGACGCGGGAGGCCAACAGCAAGGCGGAGCAGUCGGUUACCCCGGAACAGCAGAAGAAACUGCAGGACAAGGUGGACAAGUGCAAGCAGGACGUCCAGAAGGUCUGGGGCUGCGGCGGGGAGGGGGAGGGGGCGGUCAGGAAAGUGACCUCUCCAAUUUCUCCCUUGCCCAGUUACAUCAAUGUGUACCGUGAACUGGAGCAGACAAUCCGGGGGGCCGAUGCCCAGGAAGACCUCAAGUGGUUCCGAAGCACCAGUGGGCCUGGCAUGCCCAUGAAUUGGCCCCAAUUUGAGGAGUGGAACCCAGACAUCACCCAUACCAUCACCAGGAAGGAGAAACUGCCCAAGAAGAAUGAGGGUGUGACUCUAACCAAUGCCUCGGGGGUGGUAGAGUCUAUGGCCCAGGCUGGGGACCGUGGCAGCGUCAGCAGCUACGACCGGGGCCAGCCGUACGCCGCCGAGUGGUCUGAUGACGAGAGCGGAGCGCCCUUCGGGGCGGGGGAGCCCAACGGGGGCGCCAACCCCUUUGAGGACGAUGCCAAGGGGGUGCGUGUCCGGGCGCUCUAUGAUUAUGACGGGCAGGAGCAGGACGAACUCAGCUUCAAAGCAGGAGACGAGCUCACCAAGCUGGGAGAAGAAGAUGAGCAGGGCUGGUGCCGAGGGCGUCUGGACAGCGGGCAGCUAGGCCUCUACCCUGCCAACUACGUGGAGUCCAUCUGACCGUGCCCCCGCGGGCCGCCUUUCCCACACUCCGGCCUCCCGUGCCCUUCGUCCCUGCCCGUCAGCCCGCCAGCCCCUGUCUUCUGUCCUCUCUGAUCCACCCUCUUCCACAGCCAGCCCGCCCCCCUCCUGCCCCAGCUCCAUAGAGUACCAGACAUAUUUUCCAAUCAAGCUUUUAUUUUUUUAAAAGUCGUCUUGGGAAGAAAAAAUAUAGAACAAAAAAAAAAAGAAAAAUAUAGAAAAACCAGAAACAAGUAUUUACACUAGUCCCAUAGAGUCGGGGCAGGGAAGGGGGAGAGUUGGGGAAGUCGUCCUCCCGCAGGUGAGGGGCCCGGGCCCCAGCCCGAGAUAUUGGUAAGGGGCUCGGCCUUCACCGAAGAGGUCUGUCUCUCCGUGCCCCUCAGAAGUCUGGAACGACCCUCCUCCAGAAUCUCUGACUCCCAUCAUUGUCCUCAGGCUGGCUCUAGAAGGGCAGAGCUGGAAGGGACAGACCGUCUAGUCGAGCCCCUCUUUUUAGAGAGGAAGAAACUAUAGCUUGAGAAAGGAAGACGACUGGUUUAAGGUUGUGUCACAGCGUAGCAACAGAUAAAAAAGCUCGGGAUUCCUGACUCCUCCAUCCAGUGCUUUUUCUACUAGACCACGCUGAUCUCUGAGAAUUCUUGUUCCCACCUUCUCUCCACUAUCCCUUUCCAAGGAUCUCUCUCUCUGUCUCUGUCUUUCUCUGUCUCUCUCCCCCCAUCCUCGACCCCCACCAUUUCUUCUCCAAAAGGACAGCCCACCCCUCCCUACAUCUCCUACCAGAGGUCUGCUGUCUGAGGAAGGUUUUGGUCUUUCUGUCUCUAAGUCUUCCAUUGAGCUUUCUGAGGUGUUUCUGUUCUUACACAUCCUUUUCUUGUGCUAUUCAGUCCCCUCCCGGUGGCCAUGGGAAAGGUGAGGAAGAAGGAGAUGCAGGCAAAAGGCCUGGGGGGAGGGGCAGGAUGAACUCCCUACUCUCCAAAUUGGGGUAGAUGAGAAGUAGUAGCUCCCACAGAAUAAUUAUGGGGAGCUAAAGGUGCAGUCACUCCCAGCAAUGAGAGAUGGAGAAGUAAGGAUGCCAGAGCAUCUCCCCAUCAUGGCAAAUUCUGAUCCAGGGCCUUUGGGAGAUAGAAGGAACAGCCUUCUCCUUCCUGAGUUGUUGAGCUCAGCCCCUUGUCUUAGAAAGUGUCGUGGGAGAUGGGAUCCUGGUGUAGAAUCCAACUGGGAUUACCAACGUCGUGGCAGUGAGACCACUGCAGAGUUGAGCGAGUCCUAACUUGGGUGGAUGGCCUUUCCCAGAGGUUCAACCUCUCAGCAUUUCUUCAUGGUGAGAAGGGAAGAGCUGCUUCAGGGCAGCUAUCUUACCACAGUCAUGAUUGCUGAUCCGGAUGGAAGGGGUCGUCCUUCUAAAUAUACCCUACACACAGAUACCUCACUCCCCAAAGUAAACACUUGCUGCAUUGCUUUUAAAGACCCCAAAGUUCUGAAAAGGUCUAGCACCUUGCGGACAAAAUCAGCAACAGGAGCAAUUACUUUAUCAGAGAGGAUUCAGGAGGGGAACAUUUUAUCAUUUUUGACAUUUAGAAUCCAACUCUAUUUCUAGAUAUACCGUAUGGACCCCACUGUCUCCACUUCUGUAUAGUUUAUCCUUCCCUUUCCCUGUGUGGGUAUCAGAUAGGCACUGUAGGGUAGGGGCUCUUCCCUAAAAGUUUGGGAUUGGGAGCCAUCUUUUGAAAUCUCAGGUCUGUGGGGCUAUUGAUAAGGGAGAAUGGAAGGGAUUCCCAACCCUAAGUCCUCUUCAGCCUUCCCCCUUAUCCUUAGGAGAGUUACUCCUAGAAAUUAAGGUUACCCCCACCCCCCAAACCGGUCCUUUCCUGGACAGGAUUCCAUAUGACUCCCAAUGCAUUGAAGGAGAAGAAUGGAUAGGUGAAAAGCAGCUUUUGGUAGUCUGAUCUCCCUGGAGUCUUCUUUUUCCCCCAAUUCCUUCAUCUUCACCUUGUCAGGGAAGUGGUAUUUGUUUCCAUUCCCCUUCUCUCCCACCUCCUUGGUCUGGGCAAGCUUGGACCAUGGCCAAGUAAGCUCAGGAGGCCUGGGGUAGAAGACUAGUGGACCUACAGACAAAAAAGGAAUUUCUUGCCAAAAUGGAAGGCAGGAGAUAGUAGACACAGAGGAUUCCAGUUCUUCACCUCCUCUUAACUGGGCAGCUACAGGGACACUUGGGAGAGUAAACUCCAAGCCAAUGGCCAGGAGCCCUGGAAUAGGAUGAGAGAAUUCUCCCUGCCCCCAUUCAAAUCACCCUCUGAGGUGAGCAGAAUGGUGGUGGUGAAGGCUGUCCUGGUGACCCAUGUUUGUAGGGUCCCAUGGCUGGUCUCCCAAGGGAGCCAAUACCAAUGGAUACAGCACCAGGUGAGGCUCUCCUUUUAGCAGCUCUCCUCCACCUCCUAGAACCUGCUAAUAAACAGAAGUCAAUUCUAGCAGCAUCAAGAUUGUUUAUUCCUUAAUCUGACUUUCCCUUCCCCAUUUAUUGCUGCUAAAGCCUAAGGAAGUAUGAGUCAGUAGAGCUGUGGAAGUGCAAUCUGAAACUCAGGACAGUGGAUAGGUGCCCUUUUUCUCAGCCAGUAAGAACUUCCAGCAAAAAGAGUAAUUGGAUAAUUAAUUUUUUUGCCUCCAGAUGCCUUGACUUUGUCAUUCUUCUAGAACUUAUCCUGAAGCUUUAACUCCCAGACUCUUCAAGUCUUUGAUGCCCAGUGACAAUGUUCUGAGAUGGGUCUAAUUAGAGUCUGAUCUCUUCCUAGGGUCAAAGGCAACCACCCCCUAAGUGCACACCUGUCCCCACAAAUCUUCCCACUUCCUUUCCGCUCCCCUGAUGCAGCUUUAGACUUCUACUCUAACUUGAGAUGGCCCUCUGUAAAACUCAAAACAUCUUCACCCCAUCUGGAGAAGCAGAAAAGAUCCAGGAAUCCUCCCAUCUCCCAAGGUGGUUGUGAGGAUCAAAUGGAAUAAUCAUUAUUAAAGCACAGGGCCUGGCACUUAGGAUAGUAAAUGAUAUAUAAAUGCUAGCUAUUAUAGUCCAACUCUCCUGGUUAUUCCUAAAGCCAGUUAGGACAGUGCGGCUCUGCCUCGGCCUCUUGUUUUUUCCUCUCCUCCUGGUUUCCCUAUACUCAUUCUCAAGCAAACAGUAGGCCGCUUCUCCACCUUAGGACAUGGGUACCACGCCCUCUUCGUGACAGGCCUGGAAACAGUCCUGUGGUUAGGGAAGGGAGGGGGUUGAUGCUUUGCCCAAUCUCUCAGUCUCCCUUCUUUUCUUUCUGCAGUGGACACCACCUAGCCAUGCCUUCUCUUUUGCCCAAGGACUUGUUUUGGGGCUUCCAUCCCUUCUAACUGCUGAGAAGUCCCCCAUCUCCACACUGUUCCAGAACUUCCAUAUCAGCCUUUUUUGGCUUUUCUGGGACUUUGGGGUUGGCCUCUACCCCAGAUGUGCCCAAUCUAAAGGACAUUUGCAAGGGGAUGUGAGAUCAGUGGUGAUUUCCAAUGGCCCCAUAACACACACACACACACACACACACACACACACACACACACUGUGAUUGACUGGAUAAAAACCAGAAAUCUAUUGCUGUCUCUUGGACUUUACCUUAAUUUAAAUAUCUUCUACUCUUGGGGUCCUAGAGACCUGACAUUCAGAAUCUGGUUGCCAUCAUGGGGCAAGUCCACAGAGAAAAAAGGUGGUACUGUAGAAAAAACACUGGCCCAGGGAUUCAGGAAAUCCUAGUUCUUGUCUCAGUUUCUGCCAAGAACUUGCUCGGCAUCCCAAGCAUUUGCUAGAUAUUGGUUUUUGUUCCGGAAGAGGAGGGGGUUGGUCUGGUGGGUCCCUUCCAGCUUUAGCAUCCCACCAUCUCCAGGACUAGCAGAGACUGGAAGACCUCUCAGGGCAGGAGACCAUUGGAAACAAGAAGUGCCAGUGAGGUCGGACUUGUGGCCACCCAGCAGCUGGGCUCAAGUGUCUGAAGAACUGGCUUUUGGGAAAGGGAGUAGAACGGGGGAUAACGGAUAGCAGCUGAAAGAGAGCAUUUCUAGCUCCAUGAAAGGAAAAGCUGCCUAUCAAUUAGGUCCACUCUGGAAUUGGGCUGCUGAAGGAAAUAAUGAGUGUUCAGGUACUACUCAGGUAGUGAGGGUUAUUUAUUGGAGGGUUCCAAUAUUUAAAGUGUUCAGGCAGACUUUAAAUUACCUCUUUUGGAGAAUAUUAUGGGGAAGGGAGUUUAUUCAGGCAGAAAUACAACUAGAGGCCUCUAGAGCCUCUGCCAACUCUAAGACUUGUUCUGGGAUUACCAGGGACUAAGAGCAUUUGGAAAAGGUUUCAUGGAGGAGAUAGAGGGACAGAGAAGUGAGACCUGCACAGACAAGGCAGGGAUGGAGGCUGUGGGCUAGAACUCUGGCAGGCUGUCUUCCCAAGACCUGGCAUUUGUCCUUAUAUUGCCAUAAUCCUAUUCUCAUGGGGAGACUGUGGGGACUUCUUGGCCACCCCCUACUCCAACACUUCCCUCCUCUUCCCAGUGCCCCACAUCUGUCCCACAGGUUCUUCCCUUAACUCUGUUCCUUCCAUCCCAAUUAAAGCAAAACAAAUUCCCAGGACAGAGCCAGGGCCAAAUCCAUAACCACACCAUGCAUUAAAGGUAAAGAGGCAAUGGGAUAGAUUUGGAAUCAGUAUUGGCUGUAGUCCCAGUCUGCUGCUUAUUACUGGGCAAGUUAUUUUCCUUCUUCUAAAUUGUUUCCUCCUUUGAGAUAGGGAAGGGUUGACUCCCAUUAUAUUCGGUUUUAUUGUCUUUUUUAUCUGUCUCAACCCCUACCCUCCAAAGUGAGCAGGGAAGCCUGGUAUCCUUGUCCUGGGUGAAACUGUUUCUUAUGACAAAGUUUUCCAAAUGGUGGGGUGCCUCGUGCUGUUUCUGUACCUGUUGGGAACUCCCUCCCCAGCUAAGCUCCAAGGACAGGAGCAAAGAAGGCUUGGGGUGGGAUGAGGUGGGAUGGGGUUAGGGUGAGAAGGAAACGAUCCAGAGAUAUGGUUGAUCAGAGUAUGCAGUUCUUUCACUAAUAUAAAGUCCUAAUUCUAAAAGUCUCUGGUUCUACAAUUCAGUGAUAUGUCCCAUGAGCUUUAACACUGUUGUUCUCUUUAUGGAUGAAUGGGGGGUAAAGGACAUGGGUUUCAGUGCCUGUUUUAGUCAGCCUGAGAAGAAUCCUACCCCAGCCUCCAACUAGAGAGGAGCAUUUGGUUAGGGAGAGAGGCCUUUUAUCUGAAUUAAAAACUCACUGGAACAAAUAGGGUUUUGAGCUGUGUGGUUAUGGGAGAAAACAGGCGAACCCAAUGUAUAUUAAUACCCUUCCCUCCUCUUCCUCUGUUCCACUUCCCACCAAACCUCAUAAGGUUCUCUUCAUGGUCAACUGUGAGGUCCUAGAACAGGACCUGGUGAACAGAUAUAAUGGCUCAAGGACAUCCCAUUGCUGUUUCAUCAUAGUCUGAGUUUGCAUCUUUAUCCAACCUGCCUGUCCCCUCUCCUCUCUCUGUCCAACAGAUAUAAUAGAGGGGAAGGAUCCCAGGUCCCAAACAGACUCCCUAACCCCUUGACAACUCCCAAAUCUAUGAAUAAAGACAAAACUAUUUUAUUCAUGUAUAUGAGU